ACCAAAAAAAAAAAAAAAAUCUCUUUGGAUAGAAUAAUUUUGAGCGGACUAUAUCGUAGUGUUAUAUUAUAAUUUCCAUAUAUAUCAUAAUUCUCUUUGGUUAUAUUCUUUCUGGACUAUAAUAUAAUAUAGGUACGCAGCAUGUAAAAAUGCGCACCGCCCCGUCCCGCCCCGGCUAGUUGACGGAGAGCCAAUUGCUUGUCAUUGUUCUGAGAGCCAAUGUCACAAAAAGUAAAAAAUAUAUAUUACUAUUCUCUCAGUCACUGACAGUUGAUUAGUGACAGAAAGCAGACAGAAAUGGAUUUGAAACCGCGAUUUUCACGCAGCUGUCCGGAAUGUAAAACUCCCAACGAUGGAGAAUUCAAGAAAAUACUUGACCUACAGAAUUCCGGUCUUGUCGUUUACAUUCACAAAGAAGAGAAUUCCCCGGAUGAAAGGAAAAUUAGUGAAAGGAAAAAUGAGUACUACAUAUUACACAACACCAACCACAAAGACUUGAAAAGGCCAGAUUUUAUAAAUGAGCUUUGCCAGUACAAAACUAGAUGUUAUCGCUGUAGGACAAUAGUACAAAAAGUGCGCAAUUUAUUAGAUGAGAUAUCAGCAAUAAGGAGAAAUGACGUUCUUGGCGUAUGCACAUAUUGCAAGAAGGUCAACCCUGCUGGGAAAUGUAGGAGAUGUGAAUUUAUAAUUGAAAAAUUUCGGAAUAAUAAAGCGAAACAAAAUGAAGAUCGUCAAACUAAAGUCAACACAUGGUUGAGUAGGGUACGAGAAUUUCUUGAGUCCUUUUUGGAGGAAGAAAAAUCUUGCAGGCACAGAUCACACCGAGAGAGUUCGGUUACUGAGCUGCAAAAUCUUUUAGAAGAAUUGAAAUUACCUCUGACCAUGCGCGAACCAGAUAUAGAGCUGUUCACAACCGCUGAUUCCCAGGUAGUGAUUUCUCAAAGUAAAGAAAUGCUUGAAGAACUAUUAUCUAAAUUGAAAUUACGUGGUGAAGAAAGUUUCAUGUCAGGUUUUCACAUGUCUCCGUCAGCAUCUCAAUCCACUUGCGUAUGUAAACAUUUGAGAGAUAAUAAAUUUUUAGUAUUGCCUCCUCUGACGGAAACACAGGAAAUUGUGGAUACAAUGCCGAUUCAGGAGAGUGAUAAAGAUAUCAAAGAGGGGAUAAAAAUAGGUCUAAGUGAAAAGAAAUCUGAUGAAAGAAAACGUGAUUUCGCAGGCUCAAAAUCUCGUCUUAAGGAAAACGUGAAAAUUGCUGCUAAAGAUGGUGCACUACUUAAAAAAAGUACCUCAAAAGAAAAAGGAAAAGCGAGCAAGGAGAACAAACCACCAAAAGAACCCAAAGAACCAAAAGAACCAAAGCCACGUAAAAAGUCUUUAUCACCCGAAGAAAAACUAAUGUUAAAAAUGAUGAAGCAAAGAGAACAACAAAAGAAGCAAACCGAAAAACCGGCCAAGAAGGAGAAGUCGAUGGUAUUGCCCAAGUUUGAAGAAUUACCGCCUCUGAAGGUUCACGAGGUCGUAGUCAUUGAAGAGUCCUCGGAGAGUAUCCUCGAAUGUAGAGAUCAAAAAGCUGCACGUCCAGUGGAAAUGGUGAAAGGUAGUAAGAUAGUGAAAUUCGCUCCCCGUGCUAAUGAGGACGAUCUUUCUGUAGAACCGAUGCUGUUUAAGACGCAGCCGGUGUGCCCAGAACCAGUGACGGAGCCACCACCACCAGCAACCACUCCCAUUCGCAACCCAUCAACCGACAAUACGCAAAAAAAGCAGAAACAAAAGGACACAGGUUUACAGGUGGAAAUAAACACAAAAGGCCUCAUAAAUUAUGAGCUGUCGAAUCGUGACUUUAUUGACAAAGGGUGGACGCAGCUUCCUACAACGAAGAUAAUGCGUAGGAUGAACAUAUAUAAAAUGGUGCCAGCAAAUCCGAAAUACGAUUGGUUUAAAAUCAACAAGUUGAAGGGAAUCAAGUUCUAUGACACCGGUGAGACAUUGGCCGAGAUUGAUAUGGAUGGUUGUGGUCGAUGGUACUAUAAAAAUGGCGGUAUCGCGCUCGAUUAUUAUAAUGCUGAAGAGCUGAACGCCGGCCAGAGGUAUGUUGUAUAUAGUUCUGGCGAGGAGAUGGACAGCGGGAAAUUGAAACCGUACACUGUGUUGGCGUCUUUUGAUUAUCUCGGUAACGGCGUGGUCUACGAUCAAUGCGGCAAUAUGAGGCAAUGCAAUCUUGAUUUCGAACGCUUUGACGAUGUAUACGCAGACGAUAAGACGUUACGGUUAAAUGCACACGGCGUUUUUACUGGAAUGUUUUCACUGAAGUAUAAUCAGUCGGAAGGCGUCGUCAUCGAUUCAAAAAUUGGACCUCCAGGGCGUUGGAAAUGGCAUACGUUGAAUGAUCCGCCGAUUCUCCAACCGGCCUUUAUCGACACUAGAGAAAGGCAUCCGAGUCCACACAUUCAAGAACUAAUAAAAACACAGAAAGAUAAUAUAGUACCUCCAAGAGAUAUAGACCAAAAUAUGUUGUCGAUAGAGUUAGACAACUUCUUAAAGGAGAAGGCACGGAAACUUCUGCAGAAAUAUAAGCCAUUUCAGAUCAGAACGAAAGUGUUGAAAUUAAAUGACAAGUUCUCGUUAAGGAUUCUGGAUCAAGCAAAUAUAUACCUACUGUUUAGGGAUGGUCCAACAUCUCUGAAGUUGAAUCUGGGAAUGCUGUUGUUGAAUAACGAAAUAAUUGAUACGGACACAACUGAAGUUAGUGAAGUGGCAACGCCGUACGACAGACGUCCUCCUAGGACCCAUAGCGUGGCUGAUAUACAAAGUAAGGUGGAUAGAGCUAAGAAAAUGAGCAAGACUAGAGGAAUUAGACUUUAAUUAUUUAAAUAAAAGCUAAAAGCAUUAUAGCGAAGGGUUAACCGCUAACAUGAGUCAGUAACCGGAAUACACGUUCACAAAGUUAAUUAACUUCAUCCACUGCAAACGAUAAAGAUAAAUUUAAAGGUCGUAUAUACUUUUGUAACGACAGACGUCCUCCUAGGACCCAUAGCGUGGCUGAUAUACAAAGUAAGGUGGAUAGAGCUAAGAAAAUGAGCAAGACUAGAGGAAUUAGACUUUAAUUAUUUAAAUAAAAGCUAAUAGCAUUAUAGCGAAGGGUUAACCGCUAACAUGAGUCAGUAACCGGAAUACACGUUCACAAAGUUAAUUAACUUCAUCCACUGCAAACGAUAAAGAUAAAUUUAAAGGUCGUAUAUACUUUUGUAACGAAUAAUUUAUAGUUAAAAAUA